AUGGAAGCAGUGGCAGGAGCAAUCACAAGUGCAUCAAAUGCAUCGCCAACAUUCAAAAAGUUCCUCCAACAACUCACCCGUAAGAACCUCUCCCACGCCUUCGUCGUCUACAUUCUCGCCGUCAUUUUCAAGUACCGCAACACUGCUUUUGGCGUCAAGCCUCGACCAGAUCUCAAGGGGCCCAGAGGUCACCCUCUCAUCGGAAACAUGAUCCUCAUGGCCCUCACCCCUCGCAACCAGAUUUCGCAACAGAACGAGCAAAUGCAUGAGGAGUUUGGCUCCACCUGGUCUUUCUCUGUUCCUAAACUGGGAAGAGUUAUUCAGUUCAAAGAUCCUGCUGUGUUGGAGUAUGUGUUGAAGACAAAUUUUUGGGCGUAUGAGAAGGGGCCUUUGAUUCAGGAGACUCUCCAUGACCUCUUGGGUCUUGGUAUCUUUGGCGCCGAUGGACACCUAUGGAACUGGCAAAGAAAGAUGGCAUCCCACAUUUUUAAUGUCAAAGCAUUCAGAAAUUACACGAGUGCAGUCUUUGUCAAGGAAUCCAACAUCGUGACGGAAUACUUGGGCCAAAUGUCGGACGACGGCAAUAUUGUCGACAUCCACAACCUCUUUUACCUCUACACCCUCGACUCUUUCGGCGAAAUCUCGUUUGGUCAGACAUUCGGCUGUUUGAAGGUACCCGAACAAGAAGUCGAGUUUGCAGCAGCCUUCGACCGCCUCAACACCGUCGUCUUCAACCGUCUCUUUACAGGCGCAUACAAGUUCCGCGAAUGGGUCACAGGAACUGCAAAGGAGGUCACCAGGGACAAGAAGAUCAUCACCGAUUUUGCACUUGACGUAAUCCGUCACCGCCGCGUCCAUGGAUACGACAAGCCCCAGAAAGAUCUCUUGCAGUUGUGCAUGGAUAUCGAUGGUGAUGAUGGCAAGCCUCUCUCGGAUGAAAUGCUCAAGGAUUUGGUGCUCAACUUUAUUAUCGCCGGACGCGAUACGACGGCACAAGCAUUGUCGUGGAUGUUCUAUUUGUUGCAUCGUUCGCAGACGGAUCCCAAUGUUAUCAAGAAGCUGGUCAGAGAGGUCGAUGAGGUUCUUCGUGGAGAGGAGCCUACCUACGACACCUGCAAAACCAUGAAAUACGCCGAGGCCUGUCUCUAUGAAGCUCUUCGCCUUUACCCUAGUGUCCCAAGGAACAUCAAGGUUGCCGUCCAAGAUGAUGUCUGGCCAGAUGGCACAAAGAUUUACAAGGGCGAGUUUGUGAGCUGGAGCAGCUGGACAAUGGGCCGUGCAACUGAGGUGUGGGGCCCAGAUGCCAAGGAGUACAAUCCCGACCGCUGGAUGCAAGGCGAAAAGUUCUCUGCCCACAAGUUCCCCGCCUUCCACGCCGGACCCCGCACAUGCCUGGGACAACAGUUUGCGACGGUGGAGGGAAUCACACUCAUGUCGAUGUUGUUCCAAAAGUUCUCGUUCGAGUUGAUCGACCCCGAUACCGAGCCUGGCUAUGUUCCUGGAUUGACCUUGCCCAUGGCCGAUGGUCUCAAACUUCGCGUCAAGAGACGCAUUUUCUAG